AUGGCCGAGACGGCAGGAGCACAUACUAAUGGCAGCAACAAGCCGGAGUAUGGACGUCGGCUAGCCCCUCAUAUCAUUGAUGGGUUUGCAAAGACAGACCCUGGACGAGAGGCAUUCACUAUACCUCGCUCUUCGGACCCCAAGGACGGCUGGAGGUCCAUUACGUUCAAGGAGUACGCAAAUGCGAUCAACCACUCGGCACACAAGAUCGUCGAGGCGUGUGGUACUCCUUCUCCAGGUUCUUUCCCCACCAUAGCGUAUAUCGGUCCAAACGAUGCCCGCUACAUCGUAAUCCUGAUUGCUGCUAUAAAGGCUGGCUACAAGGCCCUAUUUAUUUCUCCUCGGAACACUCAGGAGGGCCAAAUGAGCCUAUUCGAAAAAACAGACUGCAACAUCUUAGCCUUUGCAAAGCCGUUCCGCGCAGUGAUUCAGCCUUGGCUACAAGAACGAGAAAUGAAAACCGUUGAAGUCGGCCCUCUCGAAACAUGGUUUCCGGAAGAAGAGGCGGAACAUUUCCCCUACAACAAAACCUUUGAAGAAGCCGAAUGGGAACCCUUCGCUGUCCUACACACCAGUGGAAGUACCGGAAUUCCAAAGCCAGUUGUCCUCAAGCAUGGUUUGAUGGCUGUGAAUGAUGCUAUGCGAAAUUCGCCCGAGUUUCGGGGCACUGUAACUUGGUUACGAGGUCUUGUGGGGUCUCUUAAGAGGUUCUUUGCACCGAUGCCCCUGUUUCACGCCGCAGGAAUUUUCUUCUUCGUCUUUAGUACGAUUUUCUACGGAACCUCGAUCGCUUUAGGAAUCGGUGAUCGUCCUCUAUCCACAGAACUAGCCUUGGAGUGUCUGGAGAAUGCUAAUGUAGAUGGUGCAUUUUUCCCUCCAUCGAUUUUGGAAGAAAUUAGUCAUAGUGAGGAGUACAUUCAAAUUCUGGCGAAGCUCAAAUCUGUUGCAUUUGCCGGAGGGAAUCUCAACAAAGAAGCUGGUGAUAGACUGACUAGCUAUGGUAUCAAGCUUUCCAACGCGAUAGGAGCUACAGAGUAUGCUAUUCCUCUGUACUACCAACCUAAGCCUGAACUCUGGCAAUGGUUCAUAUUCAAUUCAGAUUUAGUAGGAGCGCAGUGGCGAAAGGUUGAAGGCACCGAGGAUGUGUAUCGAUUUGUGAUGGUACGAAAGGACAAGCACCCAGGUACCCAGGGAAUUUUCUAUACCUUCCCGGAUAUUGACGAGUACGAUACCUGUGACCUGUAUAGGCCACAUCCAACUCUUCCGGAUCAUUGGAUUUAUUACGGGCGAUCUGAUGACAUCAUUGUAUUUUCCACCGGAGAAAAGUUGAACCCAGUAACUAUCGAACAGAUCAUUACCGACCACCCUGGAGUUAAAGGUGUGCUUGUGGUGGGUUCCAACCACUUCCAACCUGGCCUUCUUGUUGAGCCCGCAACGACACCCAGGAACAAACAAGAAGCUGAAGAGUUUCUCGAUAGUGUUUGGACGUAUAUUGUCAAGGCAAACAAGGAGACCGUUGCGCAUGGGCAGAUAGGUCGUGAGUUCAUAAGGCUCUCUGAUCCAAAUAAGCCAUUUGAGCGCGCUGGGAAAGGUACUAUUCAACGAGCAAGUACGCUGAAGUUGUACAAAGACGAGAUUGAGAAGCUGUACGAGGGUACGAGCAAAGAAUUCGAUACACUUAUAACACAUAUCGACGUAAGUUCUGAAGACACAUUGGCGGAUUCCAUUGUGGAGCUGUUCCGAGAUGGAGUGCGAUCUAAGGGAGAACUCGAACGAGAUACCGAUUUUUUCUCUGCGGGUGUCGAUUCCUUGCAGGUCAUUAAUGCAUCACGACUCCUUCGCUCUGGAUUGAAGGCUUCUGGAUUCCAUGUCGAUGCUGCUAUGUUAGCUGCCCGUGUUAUCUAUGGAAACCCAACUCCACGAAGACUUGCACAAUAUAUACACUCGAUCAUCAAAGGCGAAACUCAUCCCAGGACUGAGAACAAUGAGGUGCACGAGCUCCAAUCCAUGAAGUCGCUCCGGGAAAAAUACACCGACCAUCUCCCUACGAAAAAAGAAGGGAGGUCUGACCCUCUAGACGAUGCGCAAACCAUUAUUCUCACCGGAUCUACUGGCAUGUUAGGAUCUUACAUGUUGGACUUCAUGGUGAAAAACCCCGCAGUGAAGAAAGUGAUUUGCUUGAAUAGAGGCGAGGAUGGUGGCGCAAAACGCCAAGUACAAGUUGCUAAAGACCGAGGUCUCAGUCCUGAUUUCGAAUCGAAGACCGAAUUUCUACGUGCAGAUAUGUCGCGCUCCGACUUUGGUCUACCUGCUGAUGUGUAUAAUCAACUGUUGAACGAAGUUGAUCGUAUUAUUCAUAAUGCUUGGCCGGUUAACUUCAAUAUGCCUGUUGAAUCAUUUGAUCCGCAUAUCCGAAGUGUCCGAAAUGUGGCCGACUUUGCUACCAAUUCUUUGAAGCGCGUAGCUGUCGUAUUCAUAUCUUCGAUUGGCACUGUCGAUCAUUGGAACAGCGCUAAUGGAAAGGUGCCUGAGGGAAGACUCGAAGAUCUAAAGCUCGCUGGUGGUGGUUACGGACGUAGCAAGAUGGUCGGAAAUCUCAUUUUGGAAGAUGUUUCUAAAGUGGGCGACUUUCCAGCUGCCAUAAUCCGUGUCGGCCAAAUCGCUGGUCCUGAAGCAGAGGCCGGUUAUUGGAACAAACAAGAAUGGCUCCCUUCUAUUAUCGCAAGCAGUUUGCAUAUUGGUGCUCUUCCAGCGGAUCUCGGAAUCAUGCAACAGGUCGAUUGGACACCGGCUGAAGGUAUUGCGAAUUUGGUCCUCGAAGUCGGCGGUAUAUCUCAGAAACUCGCUGCUGAGGAUAUUACUGGUUAUUAUCAUGGCGUUAACCCGUCCGCUACGACAUGGGCCGAGCUCGCACCAGCUGUGCAAGAAUUCUAUGGAAAGGAACGCAUCCGAGAAUUGAUUAGUUUCAAGGACUGGAUUGCUCGAUUGGAACAAAGUCAGGUCGAUGAUACCCAAAAUAUUGACAAGAAUCCCGGUGUCAAACUCAUUGAUUCGUACCGAAGAAUGUCAGAGGCAGGCCAACAACCUAUUGUUUUCGAAAUGGAGCGUACUACAGAGCGCAGCGCAACUAUGAGAUCCGUCAAGGCCGUUACACCGGAGAUUAUGAAGCAUUGGUGUAAGCAAUGGGGUUUUUAA